CCCUCACUUUUCACACCUCCUCACAUGGGCUUGACUACGACUUAGGCAACACCGCAAUAAUGGCACAAUCUCGUAAUUAUCUCCAACUCCAGUGGUAUUUUACCUUCACACAUCACCAUAUAUAGCUCCCAUCCCACUAACCGAAAAACCAAAAAGUAACCACUAACCAAUUCUGAAUUCUCCUUUCCACACUUUGAAAUCUUGAGGUCAUUUUCGUAAUUUUACUCCGUGUUUUCAAUGUCGCCGUCGAACGGAAACAGCAGCAAGAUCCGGCGAAUAGUACGGAUCCGGCAGAUGCUAAUGCGGUGGAGGAAGAAGGCGGCGGGUAGAGCGGCGGCGGACGUGCCGGCGGGACACGUGGCGGUGUGUGUUGGACCUAGCAUGAGGAGGUUCAUCGUGCGCGCGACGCAGUUGAAUCACCCGAUCUUCCAGAAGCUUCUGCUUCAAGCGGAAGAAGAAUACGGUUUCUGUAACCAUGGACCUCUCGCUAUUCCUUGCGACGAAGGGCUAUUCGAGGAGCUUCUUCGUGUCAUGACCCGACCCGAAUCCGUUUUCUCUGCUUCGCUCGAAGAGUUUCAGAGAAGGUGCCACGUGGACUUCCGAAGUAACGGCGAUGGUAGUGGUAAAAAAGGUGGUGGUCGUGGAGAAUCGUGGCCGUUGCUUCAUGACGAGUUGAUUUACUGAGUUGACUCGGAGUUACUGGAUCACUAACUUUUUUU